CCCCCCUCCUCCGCCUCUCUCCCCCCGAAGCUCUUCUGCUGGUUCCAUACACCCGAUCACCCGGAUUCCGCUCUCCUUCUCCGGUAUUUCUAUGGAGAAAUGAACUGUUUGUCUGCAAACAUCUGUGGAUACAUUACUGACUGUCUGCACAAGGUGGGACCCAGAGACUGAUAUCCAUUUCCCCGACAAUAAACAUCAUCGGGAAACCUAUUACUGCAGCACCCAAACCCAUCAUUCUGUCAAGACUAGGAUCAACAUUUAAUAUAAUUUCCUAAGCUAGUGUGUCACUACAGCAAGAAGUAAGACCUCAGGACACCGUACAUCAACAGAUCUGUACAUCAGAAGCAGGCACCCAACUUGCAAUAGGAAUUUCCGUGUGGGAGUUUGGGUCGUUGUAGCUGCAAAAGUGUGGCUGUUAUCAGAACUGCUGUUACUGCCAAGAGGAGUACAUCUGCAUUUUCCUCGGUGGAAAUAGUUACUCUGGCACAAAUCUGAGAAUAAGAAUAUAUUCAAGUUGAUGAGCCGACGUUUGGCCCACAUCAUCAGCUUAUUCUUCAGAUCUUUCAUCAGACUGAUUGCCAACAAUGAACUCUGCCAGAACAACAUUGGUUUUGCGACGACCAAAAUGAACAGUAAAAAUGGAUGGAAGGCGGGGGUCGUAUUCAUUAGUGUUGCAUUCUGCUUUGGAAUGUUGUGGUAUCUUCAUGUGGAAGCAUACAUACCAAGGUCUUACAUACAUGUCCAAGCGAUGUGCUCUCCUGGUGGCUUAGCAGCCAAAGCAGCCGCUCUGAUCAGCAAUUACUCAAGAAACCAUCCUGUGUUCCUGCAACUCAGUGAUUAUUUCUGGGUGAAGAACGAAUCCAAGUAUUCCCUGCCGUAUGGCACCAAUGGCAGCGAGGAUCUGUUGAUGAAGUUUCUGGCUCUAACAAACCGGUAUCAUAUGCAACCAGAAAUUGAGCGGUUGUCUUGUAGAAGGUGUGUUGUGGUCGGGAAUGGUCAUCGGCUAAAGAACAGCUCUCUGGGUGAAACCAUCAAUAAAUAUGACGUGGUGAUCAGGUUGAACAACGCUCCGGUCCAUAAGUACGAGAAGGAUGUUGGCAGCAAGACUACUUUGCGCUUCUUCUACCCAGAAUCAGCAGAUUUCGACCCUCAGAUGGACAACAAUCCAGACACUCUGCUGGUGCUGGUGCCUUUCAAGCCUCUGGACAUCCAGUGGAUGAAGAUCAUUUUGAACAAUGAAAAGCGGGUUCGGAAGGGGUUUUGGAAGAUGCCCCCUUUGAUUUGGGAAGUGGCACCUCAGAACACCCGCAUCCUCAACCCCUACUACAUGGAAGUGACUGCAACAAAAAUUAUUGGUAGUGUCGCUGAUCUGUCGUCUAAGAAAGUGAAAGUGAAGCCCACCACAGGAAUGUUGGCCAUCACCUUUGCUCUCCAUUUCUGUGACCUGGUUGACAUUGCGGGUUUUGGGUACCCAGCACUUAGCAAUAAGAGGCAACCCAUCCACUACUAUGAAAAGGUGACCCUAAAGUCUAUGGCGGAGUCCGGACACAACAUCACGACUGAAGCAGUCGCAAUACGAAAUUUACUUCAAAACAGACUCAUUCACAACCUGACAUAUUUCUGAGGAUUGCUUGGUUCUCCUGUCCUGUGCUGCAUUGAAGAGGACAGUCUGCUGGACAAGCUGUUCUUGGCAAGCCUUUUAAGUAUGAUGGAGAAAACUUCUGUACAAAACCGAUAACUACCUGAACUCUAAACACAGGAUGGAGCUCACAGAUGUCUGGAAUAUGGAGCUCACAGAUGUCUGGAAUAUGGAGCUCACAGACUCUAAACUACAAACUGCAUCCAUUGCCAUUGUAUGACUGUACACUUUGUAAAUAUGUUUUGUAUAAUAUUUUUUUUCCAAGAAAAGAAAAAACUUUUACUAUUAUUUAUUUUAAAAAGUUGCAUACCUCUCCUACUGCUAAUGGACUGUGGGAAAAAGCAGAAAAGCUCUUCCAUAGGAGGGGGUGUAAUGCUCAACGCAUGAAAUCGAUAAGGUUUGGUUGCUGAACUUUUCUUAUUUAAUGUUAAAGAGUUAAACGGGACUUUCCACCUCCUCAGUGUCAGGGUCUGCUUAUUGUAGCUCCCCCCUCCCAUCCCUAAAAUGUUGCAUUAAAAGAACCUGUAGGGAAAAAAAUAGAUGAUCUACUCCCUGUCCCUGAAUUCUGUAGUGAAGGGGGUGACUUCAUUUCCCUGUGCCACAAGAACACUUCAGGAUAUGGCAGAAAGGAGAAUAAAGUCAUCCUUGCCUAGGCACUGAAGGAGGAAGUGCAGGACACAUGGGUCUAUGUUCUAAUAAUUUAUAGACACUUUCAUGCAAUGUUUUAGGGAGGAGGGGGGAUGCCUUGAAUAAGCAGACCUUGCCAUGGAGGUAAAAAAUGUCCACUCUAAAUUGGGCUGUAUGGGGCCUGAAUGUUCAGAGUAUUAGAUAAGAGGCCGGACCUCUUCUCAUGUGCCAUUUCCUCCUGUCUUUGGAUUCCUGUAUAUUUACAUUCCCCUUCCUCCCAAAGAAAAAUGAUAAAAUGUUUCUAGAAUA